GCAUACCUUGCCCACAGCCGAGCAGCUGGGAGGCUAUUUAUAAAGGCGGGUGAGAUCAGCGGCCGGCAGAGGCUAUAAAUGCGCGGGCCGCGGCCGGGCCCCACAGGAGCAGCCGCCCGGGGCGCCGGAGCUGCGGGCCGCGCAGCGGGGAUGAGCGCCAGCAGGGGCGGUGGCGGCGGGGACAGCGGCAGCAGCAGCAGCAGCUCACAGGCCUCCUGCGGGCCCGAGUCCUCAGGCUCCGAACUUGCCCCCACCACGCCAGCACCACGGAUGCUGCAGGGGCUGCUGGGCUCCGAUGAUGAGGAGCAGGAGGACCCCAAGGACUACUGCAAGGCUCCCUUCCCCAGGCGGCUACUAUCCUGUGAAGAUCGGCGACCUGUUCAAUGGGCGGUACCACGUGGUGCGCAAGCUGGGCUGGGGACACUUCUCCACCGUCUGGCUCUGCUGGGACAUCCAGCGCAAGCGCUUCGUGGCCCUGAAGGUGGUGAAGAGCGCAGGGCAUUACACGGAGACAGCUGUGGAUGAGAUCAAGCUCCUGAAAUGUGUCCGAGACAGUGACCCCAGUGACCCCAAAAGAGAAACCAUUGUCCAGCUCAUCGACGACUUCAGGAUCUCAGGGGUUAAUGGAGUCCAUGUAUGCAUGGUACUGGAGGUCCUGGGCCACCAGCUCCUCAAGUGGAUCAUUAAGUCCAACUACCAGGGCCUGCCCGUGCCCUGUGUGAAGAGCAUUGUGAGGCAGGUGCUGCACGGCCUGGAUUACCUCCACACCAAAUGCAAGAUCAUCCACACGGACAUCAAGCCAGAGAACAUCCUGCUGUGUGUGGGUGAUGCCUACAUCAGGCGCCUGGCCGCUGAGGCCAUGGAGUGGCAGCAGUCAGGGGCACCGCCCCCAUCCCGCUCCACAGUCAGCACUGCUCCCCCAGAGGUCGUGACCGGUAAGCUGUCAAAAAACAAGAGGAAGAAGAUGAGGCGCAAACGGAAACAGCAGAAGCGGCUGCUGGAGGAGCGGCUACGGGACCUGCAGAGGCUGGAGGCCAUGGAGGCGGCGGCCCAGGCAGAGGACUGUGGCUCGAGACUGGAGGGGGGCAGCGGCUCCACCUCUUCUUCUGGCUGCCACCCCGGGGGUGCCCAGGCCGGCCCCUCCCCGGCCUCCUCCUCCCCUGCCCCAGGGGGCAACCGCAGCCUCAGCCCCGGCUCCCAGACCUCAGGCUUCUCGGGCUCCCUCUUCUCUCCCGCCUCGUGCUCCAUCCUCUCAGGCUCCUCCAACCAGCGGGAGACUGGGGGAAUCCUGUCACCCAGCACACCAUUUGGUGCCUCGAACCUCCUGGUGAACCCCCUAGAGCCCCAAAAUGCAGACAAGAUCAAGAUCAAGAUCGCAGAUCUGGGCAACGCCUGCUGGGUGCACAAGCACUUCACCGAGGACAUCCAGACGCGGCAGUACCGGGCCGUGGAGGUGCUGAUCGGCGCCGAGUAUGGGCCCCCAGCCGACAUCUGGAGCACAGCAUGCAUGGCCUUUGAGCUGGCCACCGGUGACUACCUGUUCGAGCCGCACUCUGGAGAAGACUACAGUCGUGAUGAGGGUAGGGGGAGGCAAGCCCUGGGCUCAGCCUUGGGGCCUCCCGGCUGCCAAGCUACCUCCCAGCCACCUCUCUGUCCACAGACCAUAUCGCCCACAUCGUGGAGCUUCUGGGAGACAUCCCCCCAGCCUUUGCCCUCUCAGGCCGUUACUCCCGAGAGUUCUUCAACCGGAGAGGAGAGCUGCGGCACAUCCACAACCUCAAGCAUUGGGGCCUGUACGAAGUGCUCAUGGAGAAGUACGAGUGGCCCCUGGAGCAGGCCACGCAGUUCAGCGCAUUCCUGCUGCCCAUGAUGGAGUACAUCCCGGAAAAGCGGGCCAGCGCGGCUGACUGCCUCCAGCACCCUUGGCUCAAUCCCUAGGCCCCACUGGCGCCCUGGGCAGCUUGGGGUGGGCCCGGCUGCCCCCACCCCCCACCCCCAGUGCCUUGAGGGAAAGCAGGACAGUUCCUGCCACCCUGCGCGAGCUGCCCUCUCCCACCCUGGUCAGCAGGGCAGACAGAUGCCGGGGCCAGGCCGACAUUUCAAAAUCUGUCCUGCCCUCAAUCCUUACAGAGGGCAUUCUGAAUAAGAAGUGUGCUGUUUCUUUUCUUAAUAAAGUGUGACCUGAAA